AUGGGGGGGGAGCCGCCGCCGCCGCUCCUGCUCCUGCUGCUCAGCCUGGCCGGGCGCCGAGCGGCCGCGGAGUCCAGCUUCCAGCAAGAUCUGCCCCCAGAAGAGCAUUACCGCUGCCUUAGCAGUACCUGGCCCAUCCCUCAGCAGGGGUGCCGGACGCUGUCCAAGACCUACCAAGCAGAGGAGAGCAAGAUUGUGGCAGAUGCCAAAAUAGUCUAUAAUCAGAGCAUUCCUCACAGCGGGCCGCACAGGCCAUUUGGGGCAGUGGCAGGAGAGUACCUUUAUUGCCCCCCUCAACGCUGGCUGCACAACCUGAAGCAGGGCGGGGUGGCCUUUCUCUACCACCCCUGUGCCCACCCCACCCUCCGCAGCCAGCUGACCCUGCUUGCCCGAGCCUGCCUGCCUCAUCACAUCCUAACCCCACACGGGGGCCUGACGCAGGAAUGGCCCCUGGCACUGGUGGCAUGGGGCGCCAGCCUGCAGAUGGCAAAGGUGGAGCUGGCCCAGGCUGUGGCUUGGCUGAAGAGGCACGCCGCCCGAGAGAGCAGAAGCCAACCCUGGGCAGGCAGGAGGUAUCGCCAUCUGAUGAAACGCCCGACGGUACAUGCCAUGGGCAAAGAGGUAUGCCCAGCACACCGGAUAAAGGCUUUGCAGAAACAUUUCUGCCGAACAGAUACCAACCGGAGACGCCGCGAGCUGCCGGCAUCAGACAGGAAGGGCAUGGAGCGGCUUCCUCGUCCUCAUGGGCCCAGUGACCAGGACUCGGCAGUAGCUAGUCGCAGCCAAGACGGAGCCGCGGUCAUGCCCUCCGCUAACUUGCAGGCCAAGAGGAAGGGCGUCCUUGAGGUGGCGGAGGCCAAGGGAAGCUCCCACCUGGCUUCUGUGCCCCAGCCAGGCCUCCCCUCUGGCCAGCCGCUCCACCCCAGGCUGGGUACCAGACCAUCAGCUACAACUGCCCAGACAGCAGGGGAAGCCACUCAGAAGCGGGAGUGUCCUUGCGCAGACGGAGACCACCACCGAGCCCCGGCCCAGCAGCUGAAGGUGAAGGAGGCGGGGGGACGCUUGCGCACCCCUCGCACCGAAGAAGCCGCCUGGGCUGCCAGCGCCCUCACCUUCCUGCUGGUCACGCUGACGCUGGCCAUCUUGUACACACGGCUCCACCGGAACUGCCGCCGCGGCCAGUCUCUCUACUGGACGAUGAGCGGCGAAGACGGGCGCGACACAGUGGCCAUGGUCAUCAAACGCCGGAUCCUGUCCACCCAGAACAGACGCAAGAAGAGAACCCGUCAGCUGCAGCACCGGGCUCUUCUGCAGACGACGUCUAGCGAGAGCUCCGAGUAG